AUUAUAUCGGCGUUUGCAGUUUGCAGUUUGGCUUCGACAGACAGACAGCUCAUGAGCAACUUGAUUUACAAGAAAUGCAGUAUCUUCGGGUAUUACACUGACAGGAAAUUGGGCGAUUUUCAGUCUAGCUGAAAAUAUAUAUGAAAUCAGUUGACGGAAUUUGGUACUUUAUUUUGACGAAAUAUGAAAACUUAAGUCUAACUUUAUAUUAAUAAAUAAUACACUUAGUCGGAUUUUGUAACCUCUUACCUAAUAAUUCAACAUUUUUUCACUUCCACAAAGGAAAAAUGAAAUAAUAUUUCGGUUUUGAACUAAAAUUUGUAACACUUGACCCAUAGCUGUCAGCAACGGAAAAAAUCAAGGGUAAUAAUAGAAUCCGUUGUUUAUGUUAGUAUUUAAAACAAAAAUGUCUCUGAAGCAGUUUGUAGUGUCAGUAUAUGUUUACAUAAGAGGAUUAAUAAACCUUCUUAAAGAUUUAACUGCUCGAAAUCAUUUUGAAGGUGUUUCGUGUCGGAUUAAAGAAGGGAUACUUUGUCCACCGCAAGUAAAUUCAAUGCCAACCGCUGGAUUGAGAAGAUAAAACAGCUAAAACCAGACCAGGAAUUUUAAACGGUGCCUUCAGAGAUAUUAAAAACAGAGCUGCAAAUACUGUCGCAAACAACCACGCACAUGCAACAGAAAGAUUGACGACGUAAACUGGACAGAUCGAGUAGUAUAGGGAAGAAACUUGAUGAUAUACUUUGCAAUGAUGAAAGCUUUCCGCACGAAGAUUCGUUACUCAAGUUCUAGUGUCAUAUUGUUUCUUCUUCUCACAAACCCUGGAAGGGUCCUCUGUGAAAGCAAUCUGCUUACUAAGUUUUUUACCGGAUACGACAAAGCGAUAAGACCUAAUUUCGACGAAGGGAAACCUUUAACUGUUUCUGUUGACUUAUAUGUGGACGCUUUUGGAAACAUCAAAGAGGCCAAUAUGGAGUAUUUAAUAUACGGUUACUUUCGCCAACGAUGGAAAGACUCACGCCUAGCUGGAAGACUUAAUUACACGCUUACCAUAAGCGGAGCUGAUAUCGACAAAAUCUGGGUACCAGAUCCCUAUUGUUAUAACGCCCGGGAGUCAAAUAUGAUGAUGUUAGAUACACAACUGCACAGCAGAAUAUCUGUUGAUCCCAGCGGAGACGUCUUGUACAGCAAAGGAGUGACGUUGCUAGCCUCUUGCGACAUGAAUUUGCGAAAUUUUCCUCUGGAUUCCCAAAACUGCUGUCUAAAAUUCGGAAGCUAUGGAUACAGUACAGAUCAUAUUCACUUUGAAUGGGGACCUGCAGGUGUUUCUGUAGGAAAUAACGAAAUGGCUCAGUUUGAGUACAAAGGCAACAAACUCUCCUCGGGCAUAGACGAGUAUAGCGUUGGUAAUUUCUCGACGGUUACAGUCAAGUUUAUAUUUGAGCGACGAGUCGGUUAUUACAUAAUUCAAGUGUAUCUUCCAGACGUUUUUGUAGUGGCACUGAGCUGGAUAGUGUUUUGGAUGGACAAGAAAGAAAUGGGGGACAGAAUGGCUUUAGGGAUCACCACGAUUCUAACAAUCAUGUUCCUUCUUGGCUCUCUUAAUGCAACCAUGCCUCGAGUCAGUUACCCAAAAGCUUUAGACUGGUACUUGCUGGUGUCGUUUACGUUCGUGUUUCUGUCGCUAAUUGAGUGUAUGGUCGUGUUUAUACUUACCUUGAGGUCUGGCGAAAACAAGGAUAACUCGAAAUAUAAGUUGAGUUCAAUUCCUCUUUCAACGAUGGAUAUCAGUGAGUUAACGCUGCCUCCGCUAGAAAAUAGCGUUAAUGGAAACAAAGAAAUACAUAUCAAUGGAAAAGCUCACCGGCUGUGCUCUCCAGAAAAAAAGGACGGAAACGUGAGAGAUGAUAGACUGGCCAGAUAUUUGAUUGACAGCAGUUACAAGACAACGGCCGCUGAUCGCGUUGAUCAGGCGUCUCGAUUUUUGUUUCCAGUGUUUUUUGUGAUUUAUAACAUUGUGUACUGGGCUAUGUAUGCCCUACCUGAAAAGAAACUUGAGUAAGCAUCACAGGACAUAAGUAAAAAGAAAAACCAGCCACAUCAGCGAAUCAGGUGACGGUUAAUGAAUGCAAAAUCUAAUACCAGCGCUUCACACUUUUUUCAUUAUUUCACUACGAAGAAUCACGAGAACAGAAUUCCGGUUUUUCAACAGGUCCACAUCAGUAACUCUU